CUCAUGCUUCAUCAUUCGCGGCAUUACGCCCGCGACAUGAUCAUCUCCCCACUAAAAAAAAUCCUGUCACUCUCUCUCUCUCCCUCUCAAGCCCCAACUCAUACUCACCACUUGUCUUUCCUUCGACUUUAAGCCUCCUCCAUCUUUAAUACGACUUCACAGAGGGACGGCAGGGAGAAAGAGGAAAACACAAGUACCCAUCAGCCCGGUACUGCACGCUAGAUCACAUAUACCCAAAAACAAAGAAGAGAGAGCUCAAGGAAGAACAAAGCAUGAGCUCGGUCUGCAUAUCGAGCUGCCUCAACGACGCGCGCGGCCUGCAGAUGCCGGUCCGGGCCACCUAUGUGAACCUCUACAAGUGGCCCGAGUCCGACGCGGAGUUCGUGAGGUCGGUGAGCUCCAAUGGGCGCGCGGGGGACCGCGGCAGCGGCGGCAGGACCGUCGAUCACCACGUGAUCCGCACCAGGGUGGUGGACAGCAUCUCCUGCAGGCAAAUGUACCUGCGGAGCUACCCGCUUUCCAGAGAGGAUAACGCCGCGCCGGACAACGAGACCCGGUGCUUCGGCCGUCGUCGCAGGGCAAAAGGAACCGAAGGCGACAAGAACAGGAAGGAACGGCGUCGCAGAAGGAAGUGCGUGGCGUUGACGAAAGUGAAGGAAGCGUCUUGGACUGCUCUGUUCAGGAUCUUCCACAGGUUGCUCUCUUGCUCCGCCAGUGUAGAUGUUGUUGACUGAAAAACUUUUUUUUUUUUUCCGUUCUUUAAUUGUUUUGAAGCUUUUGUCUAUGAUAUAAAAGCAGAAGGAGAAGAAGAUAGGUGUAUCAAGCUUUGGACGCUUGGAGCUUUUCUUUUCCCUCUGUGCCUUUGUUUUUGGUGCUUCUUCCUGAUAUUAAUUUAAAGAAGUUUAUUCGUUUCUCUUCUUGUUUUUCUUGUUUAUCCUCUUUCGUUGUUUCCUUAUCGAUGGAUACCUGAAGGAGAGUGAAGGUAUGGUGUUAGACUUAAGUAAUGGAGGGAGACUUUGAUUUGUAUAUGUUUCGCAUUUGGGAGAGAAACUUCUGUGGUGAAAA